AACACUACAACACACUGACAUACGCUUGCAGGGUGAUUUUGCGUUUUUCGGCAUAAAAGAAAAUCUGUGAAAUAUUAAAAGGUGCAAUUGUUGUAAAAUAUAUAUUUAUUGUCGAUAAAAUCAACGCAAAAAAAUGAGUCUCACAUCCGCUGCAGGGAUAAUAUCCCUACUCGAUGAGCCGAUGCCAGACCUCAAGGUAUUCGCGCUAAAGAAGCUGGACAACAUUGUGGACGAGUUCUGGCCGGAAAUAUCCGAGUCCAUAGAGAAAAUUGAAAUGCUGCACGAAGAUCGCGCCUUCCCCGAAAACAAACUUGCUGGUAUGGUAGCCUCAAAAGUAUUCUACCACUUGGGCUCCUUUGAGGAUGCUCUCACUUACGCGCUGGGCGCUGGCGACCUAUUUGAUGUGAAUGCACGCAAUGAGUACACAGAGACAAUUAUCGCUAAGUGCAUUGAUUUCUAUAUUGCACAACGCGUCGAAUUCAUUGAGAGUCCCAAAGAUGCUAAGCCAGUUGAUGAGCGCCUAGAGGGUAUUGUGAAUCGUAUGAUUCAGCGUUGUCUGGACGACAAUCAGUUCCGUCAAGCGUUGGGCAUUGCAUUGGAAACUCGUCGCAUGGACAUCUUCGAGGUGUCCAUCAUGAAAUCAGAUGAUGUGCGUGGCAUGCUGGCGUAUGCAUACAAUGUUACCAUGUCGCUGAUACAGAAUCGCGGCUUUCGCAAUCAGGUGCUGCGUUGUCUGGUGGGCUUGUAUCGCGACUUGGGCGUGCCUGACUAUGUCAACAUGUGUCAGUGCUUGAUUUUCCUAGAGGAUCCACUGGCUGUGGCUGAAAUGCUAGACAAGCUCACACGCUCGUCGGUGGAAGCAAACAAUUUAAUGGCCUAUCAGAUUGCCUUCGACUUGUAUGAAUCGGCUACGCAGGAAUUUUUGGCCAAUGUGUUGCAAGCACUCAAGGAUACGGCGCCAAUACCAACCGCACUACCCAGCACUUUCAAGCCUCAAGGCACUACAACGGGUAACACUGAGGCGGGCGCCAAGUCCGAUGAUGAAAAGGCCAAAUUAAUCGGGGAUGAAAGCGUCGAUGAUAAAGAUGGCGAUGCCAAGAUCGAACGCACUAUUGACUCAUUAAACGAUAUGGAAAAGCUGCAUCAGAAAAACAUAGAGAAACUUAUUUCUAUACUUUCUGGAGAAAUAUCUAUAGAUUUGCAGCUGCAAUUUCUUAUCCGCAGUAACCAUGCUGAUUUGCAGGUUUUACGCGGCACCAAGGAAGCGGUGCGCGUAUCCAUUUGCCACACUGCCACUGUCAUUGCCAAUGCUUUCAUGCACAGCGGCACCACCUCUGAUCAAUUCCUGCGCGAUAAUCUCGAUUGGCUCGCGAGGGCUACCAACUGGGCCAAGCUUACAGCCACCGCCUCUUUGGGUGUCAUUCAUCGCGGCCACGAGAAGGAUUCAUUGGCACUUAUGCAGAGUUAUUUGCCUAAGGAGGCUGGUCCUAGUUCUGGUUAUUCUGAGGGCGGCGCAUUGUAUGCCUUAGGUCUGAUACACGCCAAUCAUGGCGCCAACAUCAUAGAUUAUCUACUACAGCAGUUAAAGGAUGCACAAAACGAGAAUGUACGUCAUGGUGGCUGCUUGGGCUUGGGUCUGGCCGGCAUGGGCACACAUCGUCAGGAUCUAUACGAGCAGUUGAAGUUUAACUUGUAUCAGGAUGACGCUGUCACCGGAGAAGCGGCUGGUAUUGCCAUGGGUAUGGUUAUGUUGGGCUCCAAGAAUGCGCAGGCUAUUGAGGACAUGGUAUCUUAUGCUCAGGAGACUCAGCAUGAGAAAAUAUUGCGCGGCUUAGCUGUGGGCAUAUCACUUACCAUGUUUUCGCGCCUGGAGGAAGCUGAUUCAUUGGUGACCAGUCUCUCCACGGAUAAGGAUCCUGUGCUGCGUCGCUCUGGCAUGUACACGCUGGCCAUGGCAUACAAUGGCACUGGCAGCAACAAAGCCAUACGCAAGUUACUCCAUGUGGCAGUAUCCGAUGUGAAUGACGAUGUGCGUCGCGCUGCCGUUACCGCAAUUGGAUUCAUCUUGUUCCGCACACCUGAACAGUGCCCUUCUGUUGUCAGUCUGCUAGCGGAGUCCUAUAAUCCACAUGUUCGCUAUGGCGCUGCCAUGGCUUUGGGAAUUGCUUGCGCCGGCACUGGUCUGCGUGAGGCAAUUGCUCUGCUGGAGCCGAUGGUUAAAUUCGACCCGGUUAACUUUGUGCGUCAGGGUGCACUAAUUGCCUCUGCAAUGAUCCUCAUACAACACACUGACCAGAGCUGUCCCAAGACCACCUUCUUCCGCCAGCUCUAUGCCGAGGUGAUUAGCAACAAACACGAAGAUGUUAUGGCCAAGUACGGAGCCAUUUUGGCUCAAGGCAUUAUUGAUGCUGGGGGUCGCAAUGCCACGCUUUCGCUACAAUCACGCACUGGACACACCAAUCUGCAGGCAGUUGUCGGUAUGCUGGCCUUCACUCAGUACUGGUACUGGUUCCCCUUGGCUCAUACGCUGUCGCUGGCCUUUACACCCACGUGUGUGAUUGGUCUGAACUCAGAUUUGAAGAUGCCCAAAAUGGAGUACAGGUCAGCGGCCAAGCCAUCGCUGUACGCUUAUCCGGCACCGUUGGAGGAGAAAAAGAGCGAAGAACGCGAGAAGGUCGCUACGGCCGUCUUGUCGAUUGCCGCUCGUCAGAAGCGCCGCGAAAAUGCCGAUAAGAAAGAGGACGAGAAAAUGGAUGUGGAUGAGGAUAGCAAGGAGAGCGCUGCAACAAGCAGCAAAAAGGAUGAGGAAAAGUCUGAAACGGCAGCCAAGUCAGAGGAGAAGUCAGCCGACGACCACAAAUCCAAGAAGAAAGAAAAAGAGGAUAAGGAGAAAGACAAGAAGAAGGAUGACGAGAAAGAGGCAGGCACCAGCACUGAAAAGGAAAAAGAUAAGGACAAGAAAGAGAAAGAGAAAAAGGAGCCAGAGCCCAACUUCGAACUCUUACAGAAUCCUGCUCGUGUCCUGCGCCAGCAGUUGAAGGUACUCAGCGUUGUUGAUGGCCAGUCGUAUGAACCCAUGAAGGAAGUGACCAUUGGUGGCAUCAUUGUAUUCCAGCAUACUGGUAAAACGGAGCAAGAACUGGUUGAACCAGUAGCCGCCUUUGGUCCAAUGAAUGAUGAUGAGAAGGAACCAGAGCCCCCAGAGCCAUUUGAAUAUAUUGAGGAUUAAAUGGGCAUGUUGUUUGUCAUUAUCUAAGUGAACCUGUUCUAAUUUUAAAUAUGGCAUAUUUUUCACCAAAAUUUACUAAACAAACGCAAAUACGCAGAGAAAAUAAAACGCUAAUCCAUAAAUAAAUAUAAUAAA